UCAGUGUCAGUGAGAGGCGCGCGCAGGAACCCGGGUGACUCCCUGCAGCUGAAGCAUCACCCUGACAUGAACUGACCUUCUCACCAGCAAAGGAUUUGGUGUCGGAGUGCUCCGGCCUCGGUGCAGCGGUGCAGAAAGCUGUCCAUGUGCUGAUCCCUCCUGUCCUCUGCAGCAUCUCAGCACCACCUCUGAACAUCCAAGAUGGACGACGACGGGCGCUACCGAGACGGCCGCUCGGACUUCAUCCGCGGCGCCAAGGACAUCGCCAAAGUUGCCAAGAAGCAGGUCGGCAAAAAGAUGGGGCGUGGUGUGGACAAAAUGACGGACGAGUACACCAAACGCUCCUACAAGCGUUUUGAGGAGGAAGACGAUGACGAUGAUUAUGCAGGCGUGCCAAGCGGCGAUGGUGGAUAUUACCGGAAUGACAGCCGAGCCAACGACGACGAAGGCCACAGUGACUCCACCGAGGGGCACGAUGAGGACGAUGAGAUCUAUGAGGGUGAAUACCAGGGCAUCCCACGGGCCGACUCGGGUAAGGCCGGAGGGAUGGACGGGGUGACGGCUGAGGCGCAGCAGUUCAGGGACCUGUCGGCCUACGAGGGCGAGCGGAGGAAAGACCAGGAGGAGCUGGCCCAGCAGUACGAGUCCAUCCUGCAGGAGUGUGGCCACGGAAAGUUCCAGUGGACCCUCUACUUUGUCCUGGGAAUGGCCCUGAUGGCGGACGGCGUGGAGAUCUUCGUGGUCGGCUUUGUACUGCCCAGUGCAGAGAAGGACAUGUGUCUAUCUGAGCCCAACAAAGGCAUGCUGGGUUUGAUCGUGUACCUGGGGAUGAUGGUCGGCGCCUUCAUUUGGGGCGGCCUGGCGGAUCGAAUCGGCCGACGACAGACUCUCCUCAUUUCGCUCUCCAUAAACAGCGUGUUCGCCUUCUUCUCGUCCUUCGUCCAGGGCUACGUCUCCUUCCUGUUCUGCCGCCUGGCCUCCGGUGUCGGCAUCGGCGGCUCCAUCCCGAUUGUGUUCUCCUAUUAUUCUGAGUUCCUGGCCCAGGAGAAGCGGGGCGAGCAUCUGAGCUGGCUCUGCAUGUUCUGGAUGAUCGGAGGCAUCUACGCCUCGGCCAUGGCCUGGGCCAUCAUCCCACACUACGGCUGGAGUUUCCAGAUGGGCUCGGCCUACCAGUUCCACAGCUGGCGUGUCUUUGUGUUGGUGUGUGCCUUCCCCUCUGUGGCGGCCAUCUCUGCCCUCAGCACGAUGCCCGAGAGCCCCCGCUUCUACCUGGAGAACGGGAAACACGACGAGGCGUGGAUGAUCCUGAAGCAGGUCCACGACACCAACAUGAGGGCUAAAGGGUAUCCAGAAAGAGUCUUCUCUGUGACGACCAUUAAGACGGUGAAGCCGAUGGACGAGCUGGUGGACGUGGGAGACGGAGCUGCCUGGCACCAGAAGUGGAGGAUUAAACUCUCCACUCUCUUCCAUCAGGUGUGGAAUAACUUCCAAACCGUUUUCUCUCCCGAGUACCGCCGCACCACCUACAUGAUGAUGGCCGUGUGGUUCUCCAUGUCCUUCAGCUACUACGGUCUGACGGUGUGGUUCCCCGACAUGAUCAAGUACCUGCAGAAGCAGGAAUACGCCUCACGCACCAAGGUUUUUGUCAAGGAGAGAGUGGAACACGUCACCUUCAACUUCACGCUGGAGAACCAGGUCCACCGUCAGGGCCAGUACUUCAACGACAAGUUCAUGAACAUGAAAAUGAAAUCGAUGGUGUUUGAGGACUCUCUGUUUGAGGAGUGUUACUUCGAGGACAUCACUUCCAGCAGCACCUUCUUCAAAAACUGCACCUUCAUCGCCACCCUCUUCUACAACACCGACCUCUUUAAGUACCGGCUGGUCAACUGUAAGCUCAUCAACAGCACCUUCCUGCACAACAAAGAAGGCUGCCUGCUCAGUGACAUCAGCGAUGAAAACAACGCCUACAUGGUCUACUUCGUCAGCUUCCUGGGUACCUUAGCAGUGUUACCUGGCAACAUCGUGUCCGCGCUCCUCAUGGACAAGAUCGGACGGCUGAGGAUGUUAGCCGGCUCCAGCGUCAUCUCGUGCGUCAGCUGCUUCUUCCUGUCCUUUGGUAACAGCGAGUCGGCCAUGAUCGCUCUGCUCUGCCUGUUCGGCGGCAUCAGCAUCGCCUCCUGGAACUCCCUGGACGUGCUGACCGUCGAGCUCUACCCCUCGCACAAGAGAACCACAGCUUUCGGCUUCCUCAACGCUCUGUGCAAACUCGCGGCCGUGCUGGGCAUCAGCAUCUUCACCUCGUUCGUUGGCAUCACCAAGGCGGUGCCCAUCCUGUUUGCCUCGGGGGCGCUGGCGUUGGGCAGCUUUCUCGCGCUCAAACUACCGGAGACGAGGGGUCAAGUGCUGCAAUAGUGGGACGCCGGCAGCUUUGCAGAGGGCAGAAGAAGUUUCUGCCACACUGUGUAAAAACAGCUGGAGAGCCCUCUGUGCCCAUCGAAACCUACACUUCAUCUGCGACCCGGAUCUGUUUGGAUGGAAGCCCACCAUUAAAGGUGCUCAUUGCAACGUCACGAAAAAUCUAAAUCCGCUCCGUUUUUGUGCAGAACCUCCUGUCAACAGUGAUGAGCUCUUAAAUUAAAUUCAUUUGUGAUGCCAACGACAAGUUUUUGUUUGGGGCUGAAAAUAGGUUUAAAGAGACUUUUGGGAUGGAGACGUAUGAUGCAUUAGUGCGUAUUUAUACUCAGAUUUAUUGUGUAAUGUAUGCAGAUAAAAAGAUCUGUUAGGCUGAAACGGUGCAUUCCCAAUCUAGAAGAUGUUUGACAACAGCUGAGCUGUUUCUCCACCC